GCCGGGGCUGAGGUGACGGGGGAUGGCCGGCGGUUCCCGCUCCGCCCUGCUCAGGCUGCACGGUGUGUUCGCCGUUUACAAACCGCCCGGAAUUCACUGGAAACGGACUCGAGACACCGUGGAAAGCAAACUACUGAAUGAACUCAACACCUUGGAGCAGCCAGUUAUUCAGCAGCAAAUCCGGUUUGUGCCAAGUUUAAUCAACAAUGAGAAUGGAAAUGAAACCCAACUGACUGUAACCCAAGUCCCAGUACUGGCCAGUCACCCACGAGUGACAGGUCCGAGAUUUGUUGGUCUGAAGGUGGGGGCUGGUCACCGCCUGGACUGGCAAUCCUCUGGUGUGCUGGUGCUGGGUGUUGGAAAUGGAAACAAGCAGCUAAACGGUCUCCACCACUGCCACCUGACCAAGGAAUACAUUGUGAAAGGCAGCUUUGGAACAGCAACUGAGGACUUCUCAAACACAGGCAGAGUGAUUGAGAGAACAACUUAUGAUCACAUCACACAGGACAGGCUGGAGCGUAUCAUCGCCGUGGUCCAGGGCAGCCACCAGCGAGCACUGCUAACGUAUUCAGAUGUUGAUUUGAAAAGCCAGGAGGCCUAUGAGCUUGCGUCCCGGGGGCUGUUACGGCCCAUGAAUAAAUCCCCUCCAAUCAUUACCGCUAUUCGGUGUGUACACUUCUCCCCUCCAAGCUUCACGCUAGAGAUCCAGUGUCUCCAUGAGACCCAGCAGUACCUGCGGAAGCUUGUCCAUGAGAUCGGUUUGGAGCUGAGGUCAUCAGCAGUGUGUACCCACGUUCGCCGCACGCGGGAUGGGAUUUUCACAGUGGACAAUACGUUAAUCAGGACGCAGUGGGACCUGCCGAGUAUACUGGCUGCUGUCCAGGCCAGCCGACUGAAAGUGAAAGGCAAGCUGCGAGAGAACAGCUGGAGGCUCUCGGCCUCCUCUGAGGAAGGCACGUGCACAGGGGUCAAAGCCAGGGGCCUAGAGAAAGGAACUCACUGUCUGGGACCCACAGCAGUGAGGGACUGAACUGGGGAACGUUGACACAGAGCUCCCUCUGAGAUUGCAGCAUGCACAGUGUUCAUUUUGGGAACUGCAGGAACCAUAUUCCAGGACAGUGUUUUGAAACACUUGGUUUUUUUUUCCCAUAAUGUAAUCCUGUGAAUACUAAUGUUGAAGGAAUAAAGAGAGAGGCCCUGACAACAUGCAGGAAACCCUGCAGAUGGCAGUCAGGAGCCAAUACUGGGA